AUGCCGGCUACCCAUGCGAAAGUAAAAACCAUUCACAUCAUCAUGACGUAUCAGACAGGCUGGCAAAUAGUAACCCCUAAGGAGCUCGGUAUGGGAUAUAAUGAAGAUCAGUAUUCUCUGCCACGAUGGAUGGAUAUAAGUGUUUCACGGCAGGGUAUGUUUGAUGAUUUGUACGAACGAACUCCAACACAAGGAUGGAUGUUUGUACCUUUAACUCCUUAUCAUGGAGGAGGGGAUGAUGCACAGUUUGAACCGUUACAACAACAUCUACUGGAAUAUGAAUGGGCAUUAGCACAAUACUUGGGUGCCGGAGUUGCUGCAUUUUACAGAGGAUAUCGUCUCUACGAUACAAAUGAAACAAAAGCACUUGUACAAAAAUGGGUCAAUUUUUAUAAGAAAUAUCGACAAAUUUUAAUAAGUGAUGUUAUUCAUGUACGACGUGCUGACCUUCAGUCAAUAGAUAGUUUUAUGCAUGUGAAGCCGUCUUCAACUGAUAUUAAAGGUUUAGCUAUGGUGUUCAAUCCAACUUCCGAACACAUUGAUACACUCUUACCAUUGCCAUUAUAUUACACUGGACUAAAAGACGUUGCUCAAGUAUCGGAACAAGAAAAUGAAUGGAAAUCAUAUAAUCUAGAAAGGAACUACCAAAUUGAUAUCCGAGUGUCAUUGAAAGCUUUAGGAAUAACCUGGUUUCUAAUCAAAUAA